AGAAGUCCGGGGGAGGAAAAGACGCCGGCGAAAGCGUCGGGUUUAGAGGGCUCCUUCGCCCGUCCACGGCGUAGUAAUCAUAUCGUCAAAAUGAUUUGACAAUUUCAAUCGCACAUGACAUGACUUCAAAUCACACUUCGCCGCUUCCUGCAUCUCUUCGUCUCUCCCCCACUCUCUCUCUUCGCCUCAUUCGCUCACACUUUCGCGACAAUCGCCGAUCGGCGAUCGCAGUCCCCGCGUCAGCCGCCGUCCAAUUCCGAUUGGAUGGGAUAUGGUGGAGCGGCUAUCUUCGCCGCCCUUGAAAGAGGGCAUGUUCUGGAAAGGAGUUUUUGCGGUGUCAGGAAUCAUGUCCACUCUUGUCAUCUACGGCGUCUUGCAGGAAAAGAUAAUGAGAGUUCCAUAUGGAGAAAGCAAAGAAUAUUUUAGCCACUCGUUGUUUCUUGUCUUCUGCAAUCGUCUUAUGACAUCAGCUGUCUCUGCAGGUGCUUUGCUGGCAAGUAAGAAAGCAUUGGACCCUGUUGCUCCAGUUUAUAAGUAUUGCCUGGUGUCAGUGACGAACAUAUUAACAACAACAUGUCAGUAUGAGGCACUAAAAUAUGUCAGCUUUCCUGUUCAGACUCUUGCAAAAUGUGCCAAAAUGAUACCUGUAAUGCUUUGGAGCUCUGUCAUUUUGCAAAAGAUAUACAAGGCUCAGGACUAUUUUCUGGCUUUCCUAGUGAUGCUUGGUUGUGCGUUAUUCAUUCUGUACCCGGCAGCAGGUGAUAUAAGUCCGUAUAAUAGAGGAAGGGAAAGCACAAUUUGGGGUGUUCUGCUGAUGAUUGGUUAUCUUGGGUUUGAUGGCUUUACAAGCACAUUCCAGGAUAAACUAUUUAAAGGCUAUGAUAUGGAAAUACACAAUCAAAUAUUCUACACAACGUUAUGUUCUUGUAUACUGAGCUUGACUGGUCUAAUAUUACAGGGGCAUCUUCUCAAUGCCACAGAUUUUGUUGCUCGCCAUCAUGAUUGUUUCUUUGACAUUGCAUUGCUAUCCACUGUAGCAACAACUAGUCAAUUUUUCAUUUCCUACACAAUUCGUACAUUUGGCGCACUCACAUUUGCCACCAUAAUGACCACGAGACAGUUGGUGAGCAUUCUGUUAUCAUGCAUUUGGUUUGCCCAUCCCCUCAGCUGGGAACAGUGCAUUGGAGCUGUUAUUGUUUUCGGUUCCCUGUAUGCAAAAAGCUACUUGGGAAAUAAAGCACCUAAGAAACCUACUGUGGAAGGACGUCUGGAAAAUGGGGAGUCUAUUCCCCUGAACCUCAAGGAUAGCCAAUGAGAUGAAAGUUGGUGAAGUAGUAUGAUUUUUGACAAUUUUUCCCCUGUUUUUCUCUAGGGAUAUUAAACUAUAUAUGACUUUAGUUGCAUAGUGAAGACCAACGAGACCCAUUUCUGUUGUUUUUUUGUUUUGUUAUACUGUAGAAGGAACUAGUAAUUCUUUGUUGUUUCUGUUGACAGAGGAAACAUUAAGUGCGUGUUUGGCCUGUAAAAUUUUUGUUGGUGUAAGAAUUAUUUUUGUUAAAAACACUGUAAUCCAACACAACUGAAUAAGAAAGUGACAAAAAAUACAAGGUU